AUGGCCAGAAGAAUAAAUGCCCAGGCUUCUGUCACAAGCCAUCCAGCUGUGUUGGCCUACGAGCGUAUGCCGCAGCAAUCAAUUACGAAUAGUUUAGUAGCAACUAAACCCAACAUAAGUGCUACUCUUACCACUGCCUUCGACAGCCAUAAUGACUUUGUUAAUGAUUUCAAUUACGCAAGAGCGAGCGACAACUAUAGUUUUAGUGGCGAUGUAAUAGUGGCAAACAACUUUACUUACUCGUAUUUCAUACCUGCCGUAUUGCACGACGUCCUUGCUCCUACAGCUCUGACUAUGACAUUGUCAAUGCCAUCGUAUGAAUUCAAACCAAAUUUGAUUGAGAAAAAUUUUACGACGUCACUAAAUAGGAGCACUGAAGUUCCGGAGGAUGUGCUGCCGAUCGUUUUAGGAUCACCAGCGGUGACGAUAGAGAAUGGUGAUGUUUUGAAUGCGACAAACGACAAGCUAAACUCGUUCUAUUUUUAUGAGACUGAACAGUUUGCAGUUCUUUGGAUAUUAUUCACAGUUAUCGUGCUUGGAAACUCUGCCGUGCUUUUCGUGAUGUUUGUAAAUAAAAAUCGAAAAUCACGAAUGAAUUACUUCAUUAAGCAGCUUGCAAUCGCAGAUCUUUCUGUCGGCCUGCUGCAUGUGCUUACCGACAUUAUCUGGCGCAUAACGAUUUCGUGGCGAGCCGGCAAUAUCGCCUGCAAGAUCAUUCGCUUCUCCCAAGUAUGCGUAACCUACUCGUCCACAUAUGUGCUUGUUGCAAUGAGUAUCGAUCGCUACGAUGCCAUCACACAUCCAAUGAACUUCUCUAAAUCAUGGCGCAGGGCGAAGCAUCUUGUCACAGCGGCAUGGGCGGUUUCGGCUAUUUUUUCACUACCCAUUUUGAUGCUGUAUGAAGAGAAGCUUGUACAAGGACAAAUGCAAUGCUGGAUCGAGUUGGGGUCACCGAAAGCAUGGCAAAUUUACAUGUGCUUAGUGUCUGCCUCACUAUUCGUUGUGCCGGCAUUGAUUAUCACCACCUGCUACGCGAUUAUCGUAAAGACCAUUUGGGCGAAGGGCUCUAUAUUUAUCCCAACAGAACGAACUGGCUAUAACAAUCCAACAACCAGAAGAGCAAGCUCGCGCGGAAUAAUACCCCGUGCCAAAGUAAAAACUGUCAAAAUGACUUUUGUGAUUGUGAUUGUAUUUAUAUUGUGCUGGUCGCCGUAUAUUAUCUUCGAUUUGCUGCAAGUGUUUGGACGUAUUCCGCAAACUCAAACAAACAUUGCCAUAGCAACAUUUAUACAAAGUUUGGCACCCUUAAAUUCUGCAGCUAAUCCACUGAUAUAUUGCCUCUUCUCUUCGCAAGUCUUUCGGACGCUCAGCCGUUUUCCACCUUUCAAAUGGUUUGCAUGUUGUUGCCGCACUUAUCUGAGCAAUUCCACACAAAGGCGUUGCAGCACCGUGAGUCGACGUCUUCAUCACAGCUGCGAUUCAAUGCGAACGCUAACCACUUCGUUAACCGUUUCACGGCGAUCCAACAAAGCAGCGGCCCGUGUAGUAAUAUGCGAAAGGUCAAAAGAACCGUUAGCCGUAUCAGAAGUGUGAUAACUGCAGUGUUGAUAAAUAGAAGCCAUCCAGAAAAAAAAUGUAUUUUAAAUGUAUGAAAUCCUACGUAAGAUAAGAAUUUUAUUCAUAGUUGCGUAUUUUUGCAUGUAGUUUCCAAUACUUUGCAACAAUCUUGCGGCAAGCGAUGAUGUGGUUAUGGAGAAUUUAAAAGACUAAACCAAAUCUCAAGGUACAGUAACCACAAUUUGUAAAGAAAAAGCAACAAAACGUUCAAAAUACUUCGAAUAAUAUUGUAAGAGGAAGCAACAUUGCUAGAUUUUACAUGCACCCAUACACUCACACUCAUGCAUAAUCAGCCUGUAUAACAUUUUUUGUAAAUUUUUAUUAAAUUUAAAAUAAGGAAUAUCAAAAGCCAUCAGAAAGUCAAGACAUCUGUAAGUAAGAGUGCAAAUAAUAGGUUUUUGCCGCACAAUAAGCUUAUUGCUUUAGAAAUAAGAAAUAAGAAUUAAUGCUUAGAACAAUAUACCAAAU